AUGGGACUGUUCCUCGAUUCGUUCGAUAAUGAUGCUCAGAAGAACAAUCCUUUCAUAGCGCUAAUGAUUAACGAUGGCACAAGGCAGUACGAUCAUCAGACCGAUGGCUCGCAG